AGUGCACCACUGGAGCUUUCUCUGCAAGGACUCCUCUGAUCACCACGGGGCUUGGAGGCAAAAUGAAGCGAAGCCACAAUUACAGUUCAUCGGACAGCGACCUGGACGACAAUGUUGAGGUGGAGAAAGACAGUGGCGACGAAAAUGGACAAAUUGAUUCUCACGGCUCGAUGUCACCCUCCACAACCACCCAAGUUCAAGCCAGAAAAAGGCGCAGAGGGAUUAUUGAGAAACGGAGACGUGACCGGAUCAACAACAGUCUGUCAGAACUGAGGAGACUGGUGCCAAGUGCUUUUGAGAAACAGGGAUCGGCUAAACUGGAAAAAGCAGAAAUAUUGCAAAUGACUGUGGACCAUUUGAAGAUGCUUCAUGCGUCUGGUGGCAAAGGUUACUUUGAGGCACAUGCUCUUGCUAAGGAUUACCGCAGCCUGGGCUUCAGGGAGUGCCUGGCAGAGACAGCUCGUUACCUGAGCAUCAUUGAGGGUCGGGACAGUACAGACCCCCUCCGUCUGCGCUUGGUGUCCCACCUCAGCAACUACGCCUCUCAGAGGGAGGUGCACACUGGACUGGAACAUUUAGCCUGGGGCUCUGCCUACGGAACUCCCCCUGCCCAUCUCCCCCAUCCCCUCCUCCUACAACACCCACAGGGCAGGACACCUGCAUCCAGAAGCAACAGUAGCCCACCCUCCUCCUCCUCCUCCUCUUCUUCCCCUACAUCUUCCUCCUCCUCCGCUGAGGCAUCUGGAACAUCCAGACUCAGUGUCAUGGCCCCCACAGAGUCCCUCAGGGUAUCUCCCAACGGCUCGCUGCCCCUCAGUCUGUCUGUGCCAACAUCCAAGCUUUCGCCACCACUGCUCUCAUCCCUCUCUUCGCUUACGGCCUUCCCCCUCUCCUUUGGUGCUUUCCCUCUCGUCUCCCCGACGGCCCUCAGCACAGUGAGCCCCUCCUCCAGCCUGUCAAAGCCUUACAGGCCUUGGGGCACAGAGAUUGGGGCCUUCUGAAGUGAACAACUGGACUGAAGGCAACAGCUGAGCUGUGCCCACCACCACAGACUUGGCAGGACGAUCUGCCUCAUCUGUUUUUAUAGCAAUAAAACACAGGGGAACAAAGCAAACUGGUUUUAUUUUAUUAAGUAUAAAGAAUAAGUGGGAGAGGUUCCUGAAGGAUGUAAUUGCCACUCAGUGUGUCAUUACUUUUAUCAAGAAAGAAAUUCUAAAUGAUUUUUUUGUUAUUAGUUUAAAUUGAUAACUAAUUUAGUUAACACGUACUGUCUCCAGGUUGAGGAAUGAUAUGAUGAUAUGAUGUAUGGGCCAUACACAGAUUUACUGUAAGCAAAAAUUUAUAGGUAAUAUUUUGUAGACCAUAUACUGAAACUUCUACAUUUGUCAAGCACGGAUGUCUGUAUUUAACAUAAUGUAGAGUUAUUUAAUUCGGUCUGCUUCUUUAGCGGUGUCAGAACUUGUGGAAAUGAAUAUGCAUAUUGUAUGUGCCAUUGUUGGAAAACUAACUACCUGAGAAUUGGAAACUUGCAUUCUUGUAUCUAUUUGUGAGAUUUUUGGACCAAUAAAUUGCGUUAA